AUGUCGACGCCGCCUGGGCCACCUCCGGCCCGUCCAGAGGACGUGGAGAAUCCGUACCUAAGUCAUCAUCAGAAGAAGAAGAGCAGCAAAAGUGGCUCGUCUACGCCUAGCGGCGAUGACGCGGACCCUUUGCAGGGCCUCGUUCGCCGCCAAGUGACAGGUGCACAAGCACGGCGUGUGCUGGAGAGCCGCAUGAAUCCCUUUGCGGUGGGGGGACUGCGUCCUUAUUCGGACAACUAUACCAAGAUCCUUGAGAAGCGCAAGGAACUGCCCGUAUAUGCACAAAUGGACGAGUUUUAUGAGAAGUACAACACGCACCAGAUCAUGGUCAUGAUUGGUGAAACGGGCAGUGGUAAGACGACGCAGAUUCCGCAGUUUGUGGCCCUUACCGACCUUCCGCAGCUGUCCAAGGUGCGUGGUGCGGAUGGCGUAGAGGCUCCACGUAUGAUUGCCUGUACACAGCCACGUCGUGUCGCUGCGAUGAGUGUCGCGAAGCGUGUUGCCGAGGAAAUGGACCUAACGCUGGGCAAGGAAGUGGGUUACACGAUCCGUUUCGAGGAUGUGACGGAGCGCGGUAGCACCAUUGUCAAGUACAUGACUGACGGUAUGCUUCUUCGCGAGGCCAUGAACGACCACAACCUGGAUCGCUACAGCUGUAUUAUUUUGGACGAGGCACAUGAACGUACUCUGGCGACUGAUAUCCUUAUGGGCCUGCUCAAGGACGUUGCGAAGCGCCGUCCAGAUCUGAAGAUCAUUGUCAUGAGUGCUACGCUCGAUGCCCUCAAGUUCCAAAAGUACUUCCACAACGCGCCUCUGCUCAAAGUGCCUGGCCGUACAUUCCCUGUGGAGACGUUCUAUACGCAAGAGCCUGAGAAAGAUUAUGUGGAAGCGGCCAUUCGUACUGUGCUCAUGAUCCAUCAAGCUGAAGACCCCGGCGAUGUGUUGGUCUUCCUCACCGGUGAGGACGAAAUUGAAGAUGCCUGUCGCAAGAUUCGUACCGAGGCAGAUCGUCUCCUGGAAGAAGAGCCGGACCUGUGUGGUCCCUUGAAAGUGGUCCCACUUUACUCGUCUCUGCCGCCGUCGCAGCAGCAGCGCAUCUUCGAGCCAGCCCCACCGCCAGCGCGUGCUGGUGGACCGCCUGGCCGUAAAGUGGUGGUCAGCACCAACAUUGCGGAAACAUCGCUGACCAUCGAUGGCAUUGUGUACGUGGUUGACCCUGGUUUCAGCAAGCAAAAGGUGUACAACCCACGUAUCCGUGUGGAAUCGCUCCUGGUGAGCCCCAUCUCGAAGGCCAGUGCUCAGCAGCGUGCGGGCCGUGCUGGACGUACGCGGCCUGGCAAGUGCUACCGUUUGUAUACGGAGCGUGAUUGGGCUAGUGAGCUGAUUGAGCAGACGUAUCCAGAGAUUCUGCGCAGCAACCUCGCCAAUACUGUGCUGGAGCUCAAGAAGCUGGGCAUUGACAACCUUGUUACGUUUGACUAUAUGGAUCCCCCGGCGCCAGAGACGGUCAUGCGCGCCUUGGAAAUGCUCAACUACCUGGGCGCUUUUGACGACAAUGGCCAUCUCACGCCUCUGGGCGAGAUCAUGGCUGAGUUCCCUCUGGAUCCACAGCUGGCUAAGAUGCUGAUCGUCUCGCCGGAGUUCAAGUGUUCCAACGAGAUUCUGAGCAUUGCUGCGAUGCUCUCUGUGCCGAAUGUAUUUGUACGCCCUAGCCAGCCCUCCCAGCGUCAGGCUGCCGAUGCCGCUCGUGCCGAGUUUGCGCAUCCCGACGGUGAUCACCUGACGCUCUUGAAUGUAUACCAUGCGUACAAGAGCAGCUGCCCUGACAUGAAGACGGGGUCGGAGUGGUGCUGGCAGAACUACUUGUCGCAUCGUUCCCUGAUCCAGGCUGACAAUGUACGUCAGCAGCUGCAGCGGACUAUGGAGCGCUUCGACCUGGAUCUGGUGUCUAUGCCGUUUGAGGAUAAGCGGUACUACUCGAACAUUCGUCAGGCCAUUGCAUGUGGCUUCUUUAUGCAGGUGGCGCACAAGUCUUCGGGCGGUGGCAGUCGUGGAGCGUACACGACGAUCAAGGACAACCAGGUCGUGUCGCCUCAUCCCUCGACGACGCUUGAUCAUAUGCCAGAGUUUGUGGUGUACCAUGAGUUUGUGCUCACGUCACGCAAUUUCAUUCGUACUUGUACCGAAGUGCGCCCCGAGUGGCUCUUGGAGUUUGCACCGUCGUACUUUGACCCACGCACGCUCGAAGGUGAGCUCAAGCGCGUCUUUGAGGCCCUCGUCAAGCGUCGCAGCGAUGGUCGUCAGGUGAAAAAGGCACGUCGUUAG